CCCAGCUAUCUGGCUAACCCUAGCUAAGGUAAUAGUGAGCUUAUUGGCCACCCUGCUAGCUGGCUAACCUUAGCUGAGGUUACAGUUAGCUUAUUGGCCACCCUCCUAGCUGGCUAACCUUAGCUGAGGUUACAGUUAGCUUAUUGGCCACCCAGCUAGCUGGCUAACCCUAGCUAAGGUAAUAGUGAGCUUAUUGGCCACCCUGCUAGCUGGCUAACCUUAGCUAAGGUCAUAGCGAGCUUAUUGGCCAACCUCCUAGCUGGUUAGCCUUAGCUAAGGUCACAGUGAGCUAUUGGCCAUCCAGCUGACUGGCUAACCUUAGCUGAGGUUACAGUUAGCCUAUUGGCCACCCAGCUAGCUGGCUAACCUUAGCUGAGGUGACAGUGAACUUAUUGAAGAUUAAAUUUAGGGCGAGGGUAGGUUAGCUGUGGUUGGCAAGUCUGAAGAGGUGGAUUUUGUGGGCCUUCUUGAAUGCUGACAAUGUCGGGGCAUUUUUUUUAAUCUCAUGUCAUGUGGUAGUGAAUUCCACAGAGGGGGGGGCAAUGACUGAAAACGCCCUGUCACCCCAGGUUAGGUGCUUGGUCCUGGGUAUCUGAAGGAGGGUGGCAUGACAGUCAAUCACAAGUUGUAUUAAUGCCUAUGAUGGAACUUUUUUAAUUACACAAUUUUAAGAAUAUAAAUUGAAACACAAAACUGAAAGUAUACUGCUGUUAGUUUUUCAGGUUAUUUGGCUCAACAGUGCAAUUAUGUUUGUGACUGUGUCUUUUUAUUAUUAUUGUUUUUAUUUUAUUAUUUUCCAUGACACACAAGUAUAUCAGAUCAUAACACAUUAGCCUGAGCACAUGCCAUCUCAUCAACAACGUCAUAAACAUUUGUUCUGUCCAUAACCUGGUGAUGUUGAUCAGUGCACAGAGGUGUUCUCCUCCCAAAUACCUCCAUAUCCCAAGGUGCAUGCAAAAAAACUAACAAAAAACUAGACUAACAAAAAACUAGAGCUCAGAAACAGAGAUAAUACACAGGAACACUUUAGCUUUGUUAUGUAGUAGGUCAGUUUCAUUGUUGCAGCGUGAGAUGGUCACAGCACAAAACAAGACAGAAAGAUAAUUUAAACAAAAGAUCUGGACAAGGAUACAGUUACACUAUAAAAGGCAACAGGGAGAGCAGUUGUCCCACCAGUUGGAGAUACUUGAAAGGUUGCUGUGUUUGGGCUUACAGGUGAUGAGCAAAAACAUGGCUCUGCUGCGAAGCUCUACUGUGCUGUUGCUUUUGGCUUUCUCAGUAUCAAGGACAUUUACAGCCAGGAUAAUUGGGGGUCAGGAGGUCCCGCCAUACUCCAUCAAAUAUCAGGCAUCCCUGCAAUAUGAGACCGGGCAACACUACUGUGGAGGAACCUUAGUGCACCCUCAAUGGGUGGUGUCUGCUGCCCACUGCUGGAGACCGAGCAGUCUUAUGCAGGUGACGCUGAGUGAACACAAUCUGCGUAAAACAGAAGGAUUUGAACAGGUCUUUAAUGUCUCACAGAUAUUUGUCCAUAACUAUAACUACAAGUCAUUCAACAAUGACAUCAUGCUCAUCAAGCUGAGUGAGCCAGCAAAGCUCAACGCCCAUGUCCAGCCAGCUGUUUUGCCUGAUGCAUACACUCCUCCACUCAGAUAUGAUGUCUGCACAGUGAGCGGCUGGGGUGUGACACAGAUUUACAGUUACAAACUCUCUCCUGUGCUACGUGCUGUGGACGUAAAAAUAAUACCUUACUGCACUUAUUACUACUGGGGGAGGAUCACUUCAAAUAUGCUGUGUGCUGGAACUCGAUAUGGUGGCAAAGAUUCCUGCCAGGGAGACUCUGGUGGUCCUCUUAUCUGCAAUGGCCAUUUCGAGGGAAUUGUGUCCUGGGGUAUCAGCUGUGCAAACCCAUACUUCCCUGGAGUCUACACCAAAGUGAGGAACUACGUCCCUUGGAUUAACUGGAUUAUAAACAACAACACACCAUGAACAGUCACUAUGAUCUUUGAAGAGCAGCAGAGACAGGCCUCUAAAUGUAUUCAUUUUGGAAAGAAAUAGCUGAUUCAAAUUAUUUUCAAUGGCCCAUUUCAUUACUAAUGAUUUCUUUGUGUUUUUUAGUACUAAUUGUCAGCUUUAAGUUUAAUUGUAAUUCUUAAUGUCAGGGUAUGUUACAGAGCCAGGGUUAUCAGUCAUUUCUAAGGUUUCUUGGGAAUGUGUUAAUACAUUUGCAGUUUAUUGAUUUUCAUUCAUUUGUUGUUCUAAGAAACGAGAUACAGAAGUAAACCCAUUUUUAUUAUAAUUGUUUUAGUAGUAGUUGUAGUAGUAACAGUAGUAAACAAAAUGUUAAAGCAGCAUUAAUCAAUAGAGCUGGGCAACAUCGUUAAAAUCAAUAAUGACAUUACAUUUUUACCCAGGUUACUGAUUGAGAUUGAGACAUCAUACCAAAGUACUGGGUCUAUACACUGACUGGUCGUCCUUUUCUAGUGUUACUACAUGCACUGAAUGAAUGAAUAAAC